GUCGUAGUAGUCGAUGGAUAGACGUGGUCGCAGACAGUUGAGUCAAAAUGUCGGGAGCAUCGAUUUCCUACCCCCACCAGACGGCAGCCAACUGGAUUCCGUUCGCCGGCGCCGCAUCCGAUUCUAUGCGUUGCCAGUCGAGGGCCGCAGUUCGGUCAGUGAACAACAUCACCGCACCAAUAUCCAGCAACUACAAUAACAGUAGUAACAUCAAAUACAACUACUGCAGCAACAAUAACAACAACAUUAUCCAGUCGUCCACAGUUGUAACAGCUGACGACGACCUUAAUAUUAAUACCAAUAACAACGGCCCAGUCAUGGCAACGUGCUACCCUAGUUACGACCAGCAGUUGCCACCGCCACCUCAGCCACCUACGAGGACCGUCGCGAAGGACUACUCCAGACCUCUGCACGUGGACUGCAGUGUCGAAUACGAAUUACCGAAUCAAGCUAAACCUCCGGCCGGCGUUCGAAACGAACCCCUGCUGAUGAUCCACCCCUGCUACUUCCGGAAGAUCGAGAGUCAAAGGAGGAGUCCCUUUGUGAACAACCUGCCACAACCGUCGCAACAGCAGCAGCAGACGACGACCACAUCAUCGACGCCGAUGUCGUCGCGUCAGACUUCUUCCUCCAUUGCCGUUGCUCUAUCGACGUCCAGCUCGGCGGUGACGGCGGCGGUUGGAUCAAAGAGACGUUCUGCUCGUGGUCAGCAGAUACCGCAGCAGGUGCCUCAGCAGGCCGCUCAAUAUCCUGUACAAUACGCGGCGGCGGAGAGUGCGGCUGCUGUUGCCGCUCGCCAACAACUUUGGGAGCCGAUGCCGCCCCUAGUGCCUAUAUCUACGUGCCAGCGGUAUUAUAAUGUGGCGUCCGUCUCAGCUGAAACCUCCGUCAAUGCGGUCGCCGCAGCCGCCGGACAUCAUCACCAUACCCACAGUCACUGGACCGCCGAUACGGAUCGUUCGUCGAAUCGCCCGGAGGAUAAGCAUAUCCUAACCGGGAAGUAUCGACAGUAUCUUCGCGCCCAUAGACUUCACCCGUACGUCACCUCUGCGAUACCUAUCGCAUCUACCUUUCCACAGAUCCAGCAGGUGUGCUACAACGUGUGAUCAGAGUGAUGGUGUGAUGUGCAUCAUGUGUAAUGAUUCUCUUGUGAUAAUAGUGUGUAAUGUGAUGAUGAUGAAGAUGAUGAUUAUGAGGAUGGAUCUGUCGGUGGACAUCGCCUUCUCCCUCGACGACUACGAGCACCACCACCUCGGAGAAGAGGUCGUCGGGAAGACGGCGCAUGCGUACCACCCCGGGCGUGGUAGUGAUCCUCAUUACAGCUCUGUCUCAGACCUACGAUCUUGUUUUGUUCUUCUCCUUUCGUUUUUUAUUAAUUUUCUCGCCGUUUGGUUGAUUUUCCGCCACCCCGCAAAUCUAACGACCGCUAACUGGAUUACCAUGGAAACGGAAAACACCGGAAGCGACUCGAGACUAUCAGUGUGCAUAAAGUUUUUCUCGGAUUUAAUGCCCCAUAUUUUGGAUUACCUAAUAAUUAACAACAAAACCGAGCGCCAACGCAACUUACAUUUACUCCCAUUUGUCUUUCACUAGUUACUAGACCUCUCCUUGAUUUUGAAUGCCAAAACGUAGAAGUAAUUACAAAAGCAAAGAAAAUACCAAGUUUCUUCUUUAACCGCUAUCAAAAAAUUCGCCGAGAGACGAAGAACCGGCGAGGAUAUCUUCCGUGUGUUCGUAACUUCGUGCAAGCAAGAGAUGCGAGAACUGUUUUAGUGGGUGUAAAAUUAUUGUCAAAGACGAAAAAGUAUUGUAAUAACUCUCUAAAUAAGUAUAAUAAUCAAGGAAAGAAAAUAUUUAUUAUAAUAACGUGUAUGCUUGGAGCAAAGAAAAUCCUUUAAUGUUUCCACAUUAAAUUAAAACAAAAAAAAAAUCUUAUA